GAGAGAGAGAGAGGCUUCUAAAUGGCUUUGGGGAGCGGUACCGCGGAGGUGGGGUCGUGCCGGGAGGCUGCACCGGCACUGCUUGUCGUGGCCGGAAUAGUGGACUGUGGCUUUACGAAGCGCUUCCCUCCGAUGUGAAUGCAGUGUCCCCUGUGGGAUGCAGUAGGUGAUGCCCAGCUCUACUGCAAUGGCAAUUGGAGCUUUCUCUAGUUCUCUUCUCGUAACCUGCUGCCUCAUGGUUGCCCUCUGUAGCUCCACCGUUCCCGUACAAAAACUGGCCAAGGCUCAAGACAAACAGGAGAUAAAGGCGAGCCAGGAAAAGAGAGAUCACACGUCUGCAAGGGACAGCCAGACGGGUCCAGGGAAAAUGAAUGAGAUCGGCAGGAGCGGGAGGGAGGAGGGUGGCAGGGACUGGAAGAGCAAAGGAAACAGGAACUACUCGAACAAGGAGUCUUGGACUAAGCAAAAGCAGGCUUGGAGCAGCCAGGGGACAAGCAGUAAAUCGGGGAGCAUUCAAGUGCAAGAGCAGAGGGAUGCUGCUCCCGAGGAACCUCAGGUGGCUGAAGAUUCCUCCCUGCCAGCCUCUGUUGCGAGCGCCACUGCCGAGCCCCCGGAGGAGUACGCGUACCCGGACUACCGCGGCAAGGGCUGCGUGGACGAGAGCGGCUUCGUCUACGCCAUCGGCGAGAAGUUCGCGCCGGGCCCCUCGGCCUGCCCCUGCCUCUGCACCGAGGAGGGCCCGCUAUGUAUCCAGCCCGAGUGCCCCAGGCUCCACCCUCGCUGCAUCCAUGUGGACACCACGCAGUGCUGCCCGCAGUGCAAGGAGAGGAAGAACUACUGCGAGUUCCGAGGGAAAACCUACCAGACCCUAGAGGAGUUCAUGGUUUCUCCGUGCGAGAGGUGUCGCUGUGAGGCCAAUGGCGAAGUGCUGUGCACGGUGUCAGCCUGUCCCCAGACCGAGUGCGUGGAUCCCGUCUACGAGCCUGACCAGUGCUGCCCCAUCUGCAAAAAUGGCCCGAACUGCUUUGCAGAAACCCUGGUGAUUCCAGCAGGCCGGGAGGUGAAGACUGACGAGUGCACUAUAUGUCACUGUACUUACGAAGAAGGCACGUGGAGGAUUGAACGGCAAGCCAUGUGCACUAGACAUGAAUGCAAGCAAAUAUAGGAAAUCUACAAAUCUACAGACUUUUCGUGGUUUUUAUAAAAUAUCCCACAGCAGUGAGCACCUGAGAUGACCCAGGGAAAUCCAUAUGAGAAGAUUCUGGCGAGGAGCAAGGAAUAAAAUACUGAUAUUUUGUUUUUCAAAGUAACAUAAUACUGCAAGGCAAAGAAGUGCAUAUAUUUAAAGCAUUUGGACAUAAGAAUACCUGUCUUAAAUGUGUUAUUUUCACAGUGAGUACACUUAAAUACACUAUAAAAUAUUCUAUGUAUUUCUAUAAUACCAUUAUAGAGCUUAAAAAUAAAUGUUUUAUAUAGACAAUACAGAUUGAAGUACUGUAGCAUUGCCUCUCCUCUUGUAUACAUGCGCCAUUGCUAAAACUAUACACUUCUGUUCCAGUUUCGCUAUAUGAAGAUUUUAUUGUGUGUUUUUUGGUUUUGUUUUGGGUUUGGGGUUUUUUUUGAUGUUGCUUAUUUUGAGUUUAUUGGGGCAAAAGAUAGCACAUGAGAAAACCUUGACAUGCUCCAUUUUGGAAAAAAGAGGAAGAAGAAUAGGCUUUCAGAGAAGAUGUGCUCAUUUAUGAACAUAAAUGGGUUGUAAUGUAGAGGUGAGUCAGCUCCAUAUCUUACUUUUACUUGUGCUCCUGUCUUCUGAUCCACUGCCAAGAUGACUUGCAGCAGUGGGUAAUGUGAAACUGGUCUCUCAUAGCUACUGCUAAAAAUUUAUUCAGAUGAAUUCAGUUCUUAAUAUUCAUUUCAGACAUAAAAUUUAUCAGUAGGACAGAUAUGGCUGUGACAUAAUACGGCAUCACCAAGCUGGUGGAAGCGAUGGUAAGUAAUCGCAGAGCAUCAUUGAUGUGAUGCAUAAUGGAUAUGGAGAAGUGCAGCUUGGGAGGGCUACAGCAGCCACAUAAGCCUUCACUGAUGUGGCUCCACAUUGCUGAGUUUAAACAGGAGAGCUGCACCAUUCCCUAGCCCUGCUCUUGCCACCUUGUUGGAACCUGGUUCAAUAUUCUGUUUGGCAGAGUGUACAGAAUCUGUACACACUCUGUAUUUAAGUGAAAGGUUUAAAACUCUGUCUUUGAAUCCAUCAGAGGAUUUCUAGCACAUAAUCUGACCCUGCCUGCAUGGGAGGUGAGUUACAUCUCCCUGCUUCAGCCACCAACAGCCUUUGCUUAAUUUCAUUUCAGUUUUAGUUUAGUUUGUCACCAAAUCCAACAAUAUGUCUGCUUUGGAUACCUGUUAAGGCAGUGACUCAAGAAGUAUGUUUUUACUUUUAAGCUUUUGCUGGAGGGAAGAUUUGAUUAAUAAAUGUCUGAAACCA